GCUUCACGUUGGCGGAGCCCGAACAGCUCUGUUCAAUUGGCUUUUUGCCAAGUCACAAGGAGGUGAGAUGAUCUUGCGAGUCGAGGACACUGAUGUGGCACGCUCCACGAAGGAGUCAGAAGCUGCCAUUCUGGAGGGUCUGAAAUGGUGUGGCAUCACCUGGGACGAGGGUCCUGAUAUCGGUGGUGACCAUGGGCCUUACCGCCAAUCAGAACGCAUUGAGGCUGGCAUCUACAAAGAGCAGCUUGAAAAGAUGAUUGCAAACGGGAACGCAUACCGAUGCUUCCUGUCGCCGGAGGAGCUGGAUGAGAUGAGGGCCGAGGCUGAAAGGAAUGAUCAGGCCUUCGUGGUGCAAAGUCCUUGGGCCAAUGCAUCAGAGGAAGAGGUGCAGGCCAUGAUUGACCAGGGCAAGCCCUACGUCUACAGAUUCAGGGUACCCUUUGAUAGGGAGAUUGUGGUUGAUGACCUGGUUCUGGGGGAGGUCAUUUGGAAUUCCGAUGACCUUGGUGGAGACUUUGUCAUAGUCCGCCAAAACGGCAUGCCCAUGUACAACUUCGGUGUUGUUGUGGAUGACGCCUUCAUGGGCAUCACGCACGUUCUCAGGGCUCAGGAGCAUCUCAUGAACACGCCUCGGCAAAUUCUCAUGUACGAAGCAUUGGGCCUGAAGGUGCCGACCUUUGCGCACAUGCCCCUGAUCUUGGCUCCGGAUCGAACAAAGCUGUCCAAGCGACAUGGAGCUGUCUCUGUUGGAGAGUAUCAGAAUCGUGGAUACUUGGCAUCUGGCAUGGUCAACUACUUGGCACAGUUGGGAUGGAAUGAUGGGACCAAGCAGGAGAUCUACACGAUAGAGGAGUUGCUGGAUGCUUUCAAGAUGAAUCGCAUGAGCAAGGUGGCCGCAAUUUUCGACACUGACAAGUUCAAGUGGGUAAACGGCCACCACGUUCGCAGAUUGAGUGAUGAGGAGGCACUUGCGAUGAUCGGGUCACAGUUGAAGGAGCAUGGCAUUGUCAAGGAGGUUUCUGGAGAGUUUGUGGCAAAAGCCUCGCAACUGCUCCGGGAAAGGAUUAGCACACUCACAGAGGCUGUGGAGGAACUGAAAUCAAUGAUGCACUUCGACCUCGAGGAAAUGCUGAAGACAGAUGUGGCUCAGCCAUACAUUGAAGAUGGUUCCAUCAAGGAGACUGCAAAGCUGCUCCUAGAUGCACAGGCCGAAGGGCAGUUCGAUGCCAUUGGCUCAGACCCGAAGGCAAUGCAACAUGUUGCCAAGCAGAUCGGAAAGGCAAGAGGAGGUGUGAAGAAGAAGGCUCUCCUCGUCCCCUUGCGCCUGUGUUUGACUUCUCAGGCUGCAGGUCCAGACAUGAACCUUUUUUUUGAGAUGUUGAAGGAAGUGGAUGACAAUGUUCUUUGCGAAUGUGUCUCGCUUGAAAAGAGAUUAGAAAUGCUGAAAGAAAAGUUUUUAGAGCAGCCGGUGCACGCCAGCUGACGUUGUGUUGCGACGUGAAAAGAGACCAAGCCUGCUUUCCACUACACAUCGAUGCAUCAUUGAGGAUC